AUGACCCCAGAACAGCUGAAAGCUGCCUAUGAGAAAGUUCAAGCCGAUCUCGAGGCUGCUAGGGAAUCUAACGAGCGUCUCAGCAAAGAAAAAGAAGCGUCAGACUCCGAUGCCGCUGCCCUCCGCCAACAACUGGAAUCCGCCCAAAGCAACCGUCGCCGCCGACCGGGGCAGCUAGACCUGAUCCCCAGAAUGCCGUCUUUCGAUGUCAUCGAGUCCCCCCAUGAUACUGAUACUGAAACUAGUGGCGAAGAAAUGGACGUGGACCCUCCCAUUAGAAAUCCUGGGCAAGGGAGCAUCCGGACUCCAGGUGACGACCAAGGUAACCCGCAACCUGAUCGAACUGAAAUCCUACUCCAAAGGUUGGUUUCCCUAGAAAAGCAGAACGCCCGGGUCCUGUCAAUGAUGAAAAAGAUGCCCGGCGUGCCAAUCCCCGUCCAGCGAGAAGCCCCGGGUGGAUUUGCAGCUACCCCUUUCUGUGACGAGUUGGCCUUGGCCCGAAUCCCAAGGAGAUUGUCGCUCCCGACGUUUACGUCGCUAUAUGAUGGAAUGACCUGUCCAGAGCAGCAUGUCGAGUAUUACAAGCAGCGAAUGUGGCAAGCUUCUAUACCGUUCGAGUGCUGGGAGGCAUGCAUGUGCAAAUCAUUUGGCGCGACGCUGACAGGCCCCGCCCUCAAGUGGCUCGGCAAGCUUGAACCAGGUAGUAUAACUAGUUUUGCUAUGUUAGUUAACAAAUUCUACUCCCAUUUUGAGAGCAGCAGGCAGUUCGACAAGCAGACAAGCGAUCUCUAUCGGAUCGUCCAGGGUCCUAAAGAGACCAUCAGAACCUAUUGGUCCCGGUUCAAUAAAGAGAAAGUCUCGAUCAAGAAUGUCGACAACAAGACUGCCAUUGAAGCCUUCCUCCGCGGACUGCAUACGGACUCGGAUCUGUAUAAAGAUAUGAUCAAGUAUCCAUGCUCGACGUUCGAAGAGGUCAGGACCCGAGCCGUGGCUCAAAUGCGCUUCGACGAAGAUAUCGCCAAUCGCAGUUCCUACCCAGGUUCCAAAAGUUCGUCUGAUCGAAAGGCCGCCAGCAACACCCGAGGGUCGUGGCGACAUCAGCCUUACGAGGCGACAGGUAAAUCACGCUCUGUUAAUGCUGUGCAGGUAGAGGAUAUUCUCGACGCUCCCCAGUAUCCCGAUAUAUCGGAGUAUGGCUUUGACGUGAAUAUCGUAGCGGUAGUGAAGGAAUUGGAGCCUCUGGGAAGCAAAGUCCGCUGGCCGUCGAAGAGCAACAAGCCAGAAUUAGAGAAAGAUAUGAGCAAAUGGUGCGAGUUCCAUAGUGAUCAUGGCCAUAAGACGGAAGACUGCUAUGCCCUGCGGAGAGAAGUCGCCUUCCAGCUGAAGAGAGGCAACCUCAAGCAUCUGUUGGGAAAAAAGAAAAGCAGUGACGCAGGCCGCCGUGAGCCAGAAAAGACGACGGCAUCCGGGCCCCCCAAGCCCCCUGUACCCAAGGUAAUAGUUAAUGUUAUCACUGGUGGUUCCGAUAUUUGUGGACUAACCUACUCUGCAGCAAAAAGGGUCGCAAAGUCGACAAUAGAGAAUGCAGUUGUCCCAGACGAGAUCAGAGACCCCCUGGAAAAGAAGCUAGAAGCAAUGUCGAUAACUUUCAACGAUGAUGACGUCAACAACAUCAGCAGGGACCAUGAAGAUUCUCUGGUAAUUUCUUUGCUCGUCGGGAAUUGUCUGCUUCGAAGGGUGCUGGUCGACGGAGGAAGCUCCGCAAAUAUCUUGUUCAGAAGAGCCAUGGAAGAUAUGGGGUUGAAAGAUAGCGACAUCACCAGAAGGUCGACAACUCUGGUCGGUUUUAGUGGGGAAAGCAUGUCAACUCUCGGAGAUAUAACCCUCCCAACCUUUGCAGGAGGCCUAAACCCUCAGACCAAAUUCAAUAUCGUAGAUUGCCCAUCGGCCUAUAAUGCUAUAUUGGGACGUCCCUGGAUCCACCGAUUAAAAGCCAUACCUUCCACGUACCACCAAUCAAUCAAAUUUCCUACCCCGUAA